UUGCAGCUGAUCAAACUCGCGAUGAUGACGACUACUAGCAGCGGUGGCGCCGGUGGCGAUCUGUUAGUCUCCACGCCGGGGUUUCGGUUCUACCCGACGGAGGAUGAGCUGCUGGGCUUCUACCUCCGCCAUCGCCUCGCCGGCACCACCAGGUCGCACGUCGACCGCGUCAUCCCCGUCGUCGACGUCUACAGCCACCACCCUUCCCACCUCCGUUCGAUGGCGGGUGAGGCGAGCGUGCAAGACGCGGAGCAGUGGUUCUUCUUCUGCCCCCGGGCUGAGAGGGAGCUGCGCGGCGGCCGGCCAGCGCGCACCACUCCGUCCGGGUACUGGAAGGCCACGGGCUCGCCGUCCUGCGUCUUCUCCUCCUCUUCCUCCUCAGCCGCCGCCGGUAACAGCAAGGUCAUCGGGGUGAAAAGGACCAUGGUCUUCUACCAGGGCCGUGCGCCCACGGGGGCCAAGACCACGUGGAAGAUGAACGAGUAUAAGGCCGUCGCCGCCGACAACGACACGACGACCCGACACCAGACGACGGCACCUCUCAGGCUGAGGAACGAAUUCAGCGUGUGCCGGCUCUACAUCAGCACGGGGACGCUAAGGUCCUUCGAUCGCCGGCCCCUCAAUACUUCCGGCAACGGUCAAGCGGCGGCCCGCCGGCAUGUACCGUCGGCAGCCAACACCGCAAGUAUCGGACAAGCCGGCAACUAUCAAGGCUGGAGCACGCUGGUGACCACCAGUACCACUGAUGUUGACAAUUUCUGCUUCGACAUGGAUUUCAAUCAACUGUAG